UGGUCAUCUCCAAGUAAGAAGCCAUUUGGCAUAAAUAACAUUCCUGAUCUGCAAUAGGAAUUAAGGGGAGAGAAAUAGAGACUGAGACUUUUGGCCAAUAAGAAAAGUCAAGCUUAGAGUUUGCCUUUUGGGACAGACUGUUACAUGCUGCUGGAGGCAACCAGAUGUGACCGAGUUGUCUUUUUAUUUGUUUAUUUAUUUAUUUAUUUUUCUUUAAAGCUUGAGCUUUGAAGCUGGGAAGACAGGCAGAACUAAAAGCUGUGCGGAAUCUGCAUUGGUCACGUCUCCUGGACUCCUUAUUUGCUUUCCCCAAAGCUCCAAGCCAAGCUUUCCUGCUCAGCUAGGACAUUUAGUGUAAAUGAGCAGGAUGGCCGUAUCCCUAAGAUGUAUGGUCUGUGUCAAGUACCUCAUGUUUCUGUUCAACCUUAUUUUCUGGCUCGGAGGUUGUGGCCUCUUUGGAGUGGGGGCAUGGCUAGCAAUCACUCAAGCUCCCUUUGCCACUCUCUCAUCCUCCUUCCCAUCCCUCUCUGCGGCCAAUCUCUUUCUGGUAUUGGGUGCUGUAACCAUGGUGAUAGGAUUUAUUGGCUGCCUGGGUGCUGUGAAGGAGCACCGCUGUCUCCUGAUGAUGUUCUUUGUAAUUUUGCUCACCAUCUUCAUUGCUGAAAUUGCACUGGGGAUUAUGCUGUACGCCUUCAAAGACAAGUUUGACCAAUUUGCAAUGGAGGACCUGAAGAAUGGAAUGAAGCACUAUGGGAAAAAGGAAGAAGUGGGCUUGUCUGUCGCCUGGGACCAAGUUCAAACUGGUUUUAAAUGCUGUGGAGUGUCAAAUAAAAGUGAUUGGAUUUCUGACAAUAUGACAUCUGUGCCCCAUUCUUGCUGCAACAGAGAUACAGAUCAGUGUCAGCAUUGGGAAGAGGGAUGUUACAACAAAGUACAGGAAUGGCUGAUGAGUAACAUCACAUCCGUGUUGAUCUUUGUCGGCUGCAUCAGCAUUGUCCAAGUCCUGGCAUUGGCAUUUUCCCUGUUUAUGUAUUGUCAAAUACGAAAAGCAGAGAAGUUUAUGGAAUGAACCUAGGGAGCUGUGAUUACCUGAACUCCCAUUCUAAAACCUUUAAUGACUUAUAGCAACCUCCGGACUAUAUGAGGCCAUUUUGCUCCUGGCAAAAUGAACAAAAAGAAAAAAAAACAA